AUGAAAGUUACAAUUGUGUUUUUGUGUGCCAUUUUUGCAACAUUUACAUUACAAGCAUGGGCACAAGAAGUGGAUGGAGAAACCGGUGCUGGCGAUGGUGGUACGGACACUGCUUCUGGUGGAGGUGAUUUUGGUUCCACUAGUGGUAGCGAAACUGGUGAAGGCGGUGGUUCCGGUGGAGGUAGUACCGGUGGAGGUGGUGCAGGUGGUGGUGGUGGUGGUGGUGGAAACAGGCCUAGCGGUGGUAAUAGACCAAGUGGUGGUAAUAGACCAAACAGGCGACCAACAGGGGGCAAUAGAAGACCAAGCAACGGUAAUAGACGUCCAAAUAGAAGACCAAGUAGUGGUGGCAAUAGGCGCCCAAGCUCAAGUAAUAGAAGGCCUUCCAAUAGCAGAAGACCCAACUCAGGUGGUAAUAGAAGGCCAGGCAGAAGACCUAGCGGAGCCUCACAGCAGGUAUCAGCGCAAAACAAUGAUGCGCAAACUUCCGGCACUGGUGAUGGUUCUAACACAGGCACUUCAAGUACUGGUACUGAUACUGGUACUGGCACAAACACAGCUACAACUCGUAGAACUACCCGAAGGACAAGCAGAAGACCCAGCAGCAGCAAAAGACCAAGUAGUAAUAGAAAACCCAGCAGCAACAGACGUCCAAGUAGCAACAGAAGACCAAGCAGCAAUAGAAGACCAAGUAGCAAUAGAAGGCCAAGCAGUAAUAGAAGACCCAACAGCAACAGAAGACCAAGCAAUAGCAGAAGACCAUCAAGAGGCUAA